UUCAGGGUAUAUUGUUCGUUUUAUAUUGUUGGUCUUCGAAAGUUGCAUUAUUUUUUGUUUGGUGUAUUUGCAAGUAUAUAAGGAUUUUAUGUAUACAUAGUGUAGUGCUGAGUGUUGAAUAUCUUGUAGUGUACAUAGUGGUUUAGUUGUGUUAUCAUUGGAAAUUGUUAUAAAGAAGUUUUUACCGCAGAGUGCAGUAAGUUUUGAUUAAAAGGAACAUUUUAAAAUCGCAAUGUCCGAAGUGGCUAAUAAUCCAGUGGCAGAAAAUAAGGCGGAAGAGGCCCAGCCAGUAGAUAAUGCAGUAGGUGAAGAAAAAAUAGAAAACACUGGAAAUGCUGUAGAAAAUUGUGGUAACGCCCAGGAGAGUUCUGCACCAGAAAAACCUCAAUCAACUUCCGAAGACACAAAGAAAGAAAAUGAAAACUCUGCCACAACAAACAAAUCGGAGACUUCGGCUAAAUAUAGUGUACAUAAGACAAAUUUUGAAAAAGAUAUAAUUUAUUUGUACCAGUUUUCAAGAACUCCACUUUUGCCAUCAUUAUCUCCAUAUUGCCUUAAAGUGGAAACUUGGCUGCGCCUAGCCGGAUUGAAAUAUGAGAAUGUUGAUCACAAGAUGCGUUUCCGUUCCAAAAAAGGUCAAUUGCCUUUUAUUGAACUUAACGGAGAAGAAAUAGCUGAUUCUGCUAUAAUUAUUAAAGAACUUUCUGCAAAGCAUAAUAAGGACCUUGACGCUGGAUUAACUUCAGAACAACGCAAUGUUUCAUAUGCAAUGAUUGCUAUGUUGGAAAACCAUUUGAUUUGGAUCCUGUUUUAUUGGCGUGCCAAAUAUCCCGAUAAUGUUCUAAAAGGAUACAAAGUUAAUUUACAACAUGCUUUAGGUUUGCGUUUACCAAACUCAAUUUUAAAUUUCUUUUUUAAAAUAACAUUCGGAAGAAAGUGGUUCCAGGGUACAAAAAAGCUUAAGGCCCAUGGGAUUGGUGUACAUAGUGCGGAGGAAAUUGAGGAGUUUGGCAAAAACGAUUUGAAGGUACUUAGUGAAAUGUUGGACUGCAAACCAUUCUUCUUUGGAGAUGAACCUACGACAUUAGAUGUUGUUGCAUUUGCUGUUUUGUCACAAUUGCACUUCUUAUCAAAGGAUGUUCCAUACACCCUAAGGGAUUUCAUGACUGAAAAAUGUCCCAACUUAGUGGGACAUGUAUCACGUAUGAAGGACAAGUGUUUCCCAGACUGGGAUGAAAUAUGUACGAAAUUGGAUCUUAAUGCCCACAUUCAAAAACCAGAACCAGAAAACAAAGAAGGCAAGGAAGGAGAUCUAGAAAAAUCAAAAGAACAAGAAAACGAAACCGAUACCGACAAAAAUGAGAAAGAAUUGGAAAAAGAUAAGACAACCGAGAAAGAGAUAUCUGAAGAAAAUAAGGACAAAGAUGAAUCAAAGUGAAGAUAAAAAAUUAACCUUUUAAAUUCUGUAAAGGAAAAGCAUUUAUUAUACAUUUACCUACUGCAUUAAAUAAUUGGAGCAUUAUAUAUAUAUAUACUGAGUUAGCAUAAAAUUAUAAAAAAUAUACUCAUAAGAAACAUUAGUUAAAAGAAAACUUCUGACGAUUAAAGAUGAUUCAUAAUUUAUCAAUUUCGUAAAAAUUGUAUGUUAUCCAUAAUGAUCACAAAAAACUUGAAAUGGCAUUAAUAUAUUUAUUUCAUAAAAAUAAUCAUAAUCGUGUGCAAAUAUUAUAUUUUAAUUUUUAUUUAACCUUAAGGUAUUUUAUACAAUAUUUUUAUUUUUUUAUUGUGUCUUUUUAAAUAUAAUUAUUUAGGUAUUAAUAUACAUAAACCUUUCUAAAUUUCAUCUGUAAUUUUUAAAACCCAUUCCGCACGAACCACAUAUUUUAAAAUGCUCAAACUGCAAAGUUCAUUAUAAAACAUAUACGUAUAAUUAAAAUAUUUGCAGAAUUUUUACAUACAUGUGUAUUGUAACAACACACUAGAUCGUUAAUAAGUUUUCAUACAUAAAUAGAUAUAAAGAGUACAUAUAUUUCAUCAUCACAUUACGGACAUGUAGAUUAAUACAAGUUUGUUUAUGAAAUAAAAAUAAUAAAGUUA